AUGGGCUUGAAAACAAUCUGUCUGUGGGCUCUCAUUGUUUUUACCAGAACCGCAGACCUACACCUGUUCACUCAUCCAAGCAAUGGACUCCGCCAGUGUCGCAAAAAUCUUAGUAUACCAGCGCUGGAGGUUCUUCCAGGUGGAGGUUGGGACAACCUGCGCAAUUUGGACAUGGGUCGAGUGAUGAACCUGAGCUAUUCGCAGUGCCAGACCACAGAGGACGGUGUUUACCUCAUUCCAGAUGAGAUAUUUGUUGUUCCUCAGAAGGUGAGCAAAGUAGAGAUGAACUCUGAGAUAAUCAGCUCAUGGCUUGAACAGAAAAGUUCCACUUCAAACUCUAUCAAUGUGGAAGCUUCCUUCUUCUCUGUGGUCAAUGGCAAGUUUUCCAGUGAAAACCAGCGCAUGAAGACCCAUCAAGUAACAGAAAAAUCUGUCAUGGCUCGAGUCCAGGUGCGCAACCACUUGUACACAGUAAAGGCUUUUCCUGAUUUCACCCUGGAUGCACGUUUUGCCCGUCAAGCAGAGGAAAUCGCAGAUGCUAUUGAGAACAAUCAAACUCGCCAGGCAGACUUCCUGUCUGAGAAGAUGGUGCUUGAUUAUGGCACACAUGUUAUCACUAGUGUGGAUGCUGGUGCUGUUUUGGUAGAGGAGGACUAUCUAAAAUCGUCAUACAUUUCUGACGCACAAUCCUCCUCGUCUUCUGUUUCAACAUCAGCUGGAAUCAAUUUUUUUAACAAAGUUAAAUUUGAUUUUGGCAGUAAAGAUUCACAACAAUCAUCAGAAACAGCUGCCUACCAGAAUAGCAUUACAUACUCCCUCACAAUGAGUCAUGGUGGAGCUUUGUUUUAUCAUGGCAUCACUUUACAGAAAUGGCAGGAAAGCACACUCAACAAUCUAAUAGCUAUUGACCGUAGUGGACUACCCCUGCACUAUUUCCUCAAUUCAGCUACGUUUCCAGACCUUCCACUUCCAACAGUAAAUAAAGUAGCAAAGUCUGUGAGCCAGGCUAUAGAGCGAUACUACAAUAUUAACACCAUUCCAGGGUGUGUUAAUCAAGACUCUAAAAAUUUCAACUUCCAAGCCAAUGUAGAUGAUGCUUCUUGUGAAGGUCCUAACACCAACCUUAGCUUUGGUGGUGUUUACCAAAUGUGCACCCCACUGUCUUCUGAUGGAGGUCCAAUCUGCCAGGAACUUUCUGAGAAAAAUCCAGCAACUGGUUUAUAUUCUUGUCAGCAGCCAUACACGCCUACUCUGUUGCGCACUGAAGUGAUAGAAAGGCCAUACAACAACUAUGAAUGCCAACCGAAAUGUCAUUCAUGCGGGUUUUUAUGGUUGGACAAUUGUUGUGAUCAAGUGUGUAAUAAUGUGUAUCGUGUUAGAAGUGCACAAGUCAAGACAUAUUGGUGUUCCACUAAUACAGUUGCCCCAGAAUUUUCUGGGUAUCUCUUUGGGGGUCUGUUUGGCCCUAAUUUACAAAAUCCUCUGACCAGAUCUAGAUCUUGUCCUGCAAAUUUCUUUGCUCUAAAAUUUUUGUCUAGUGGCACUAUGAUCUGUUUGAGCAGUGACUAUGAGGCAGGAACAAAGUUCGCUGUACCUUUUGGAGGCUUUUUUAGCUGUGAGGCUACAAACCCACUUGCAAAAAGCCAAUUGCGCUGCCCACCCAAGUUUAGUCAACAUCUUUUUGCCAUAAGCGAUGGAUGCCAGGUACUGUACUGUGUUCAGUCAGGUAUUUUUACUGGUGGUGAGUUACUCCCUGUCAAAUUACCACCAUUCACAAGACCUCCAGUGAUUAGCAUGUUAGCCACCAACACUGUAGCUGUGAUGACGCAAGGAGACAAAGCUUGGGUAAGAAUCAAAGAUACAAAAAUGUGGAAGGUGGCAAAGCCUGAGGACAUUGCCAGAGUGUCCCAGAUGUUUGAUGAUGACUCCGCUCAUGCAAAAGGUGUUACAGUUGGCAUAGUCAUUGGUGUUCUAGGGUUGAUUGUUGUUGUGGUGCCAAUCAUAGUGAUAGUGUUGCGAAAAAGGAAGAGAACCAGGGGCUAUGAGAGGAUUCAAAGUGCUGGACAGUGUGAGACUAGUGUGGAGAUAGAACAACAACCUGACAAUCAGACUAACAAUCCUAGUCAGAGUCUCUUAGCUUAAUGUUCCUCUGUUUUAUUUCAAUUGUUGAUUUCCAGUUUAUUUUUUUAUUAAACUGUUUUAUUUCAGAGUAUUUACCUAUAAAUUACUUCAGUAUUUUAUAAAGAAUCUGAAUCCAUUUAUAUGUUGUGGUUACUGAUUCGAAUCAAUUGUCAAUGUAGCAUAUUUGUAUUACUUUUUAUUUUUAAUAAAUUAAUUCGCUAGAUUGUCAGUGUAGCAUAUUUGCAUUACAUUUUUCUUUUAAUAAAUUAAUUCACUAGAUUGUCUAGAUUCACU